AUGCAAGGACUGGGUAGGAGUGGUGAUGUAGCAGUAAAAAUUGUUCAUGUCAGCGGACCAGCGGCCAUCAAUGUGUCUGUGGGACUCGGAGGAUUAGGCGCUGAAGGCCACAGUGUAAAAUCGAUAUCCAAUGGAGGAUCUUCUCAUUUUGGCAACUACUUCACUGUCCCUGGAGGUCCUGGGUGUUCAAAGAGUAAAUCUGAAUACAACCUAAGUCACCGCAAAGGAAUAAGACACCUGCAGAUGAGCAAAAUAGUUAAAGGUAAUCUGAUCGUUAUAUCAAUAAAAUUUAUGACUUCAUAGACGGACCCCAAUCAGAAGCAUUUACCAACCUGAGAAAAAUACGAAUACAUGCAAUGUUUGCACUGGCAAUAUUAACCUUCUGGCUGAAAACUGACUUCCAAAUAGGUUAGUAUUAUUACAAGGCGUUGAGUCUGGCUUGAAAAAAAUUAAUUUUAAGAGACAAUCAUCCAUCAAAUCUAGUAGCUAUGUAAAAGCUUCCUGCCGCUUAGCAUGAUCGGCUUAUCUACAUCUACUAAACACUUCGCAAAAAAAUCAUACCUCACGACUUUUUUUAACACCUUAAGUGUCAUUGUCUGAGAAAGUGUUCCAGGGGCCAAAAGUUGUGGUCAACCGAUUUGGCUGAAACUUGGCACAGAAGUUGGUUGCCAUGAGAUAUUUCAAAAGCCAAUCUGGCUCACUCUACUUUAAACACUUUUUUUGCCCCUUGCAAAAAAAAGCCUUUCAGGAGUCAUUUUGAAAGUGCCAUAAAACCCAACUGGUAAUUGUGCUGCCAAAUAAAUUUGACUAUGAACAUUAAUAUAAUAGAGCUUUCAUUUCAUGCAUGUAACUUUGCCCUCAAGGUAUUGGACAGAGAGGGAGCCUUUUUUGGCCAAAAUUAAUGUCAAAAUUACAACCCUUGCCAUUUUUCAAAAAAAUCAGUGUAUCUACCUUGCAGUACCUAUACCAUUAUUUACUUUAUUGACCCAAUUAUCAAAAUCACUUGAGAAAAAUUUGGCUUUCACGGUUUGUUGAUUUUUGUCAAAACACUGUCCAUCAUAAUUCAUGACAAACCAAACUGAAAAGCCCUGAUUCUGUAUUUGGUCAGUGAAAAUGAAUUGUUAAAGCCAAAUCAGUUUAAUUGUUUAGAAAUACUCCGAUUCUUACCUUACAAUUGCUCUUAAAGGCCUUUGAUUAGCACAAAAAAAUACCCUGAUUAAAACAAGAGUUAAUUUGUACUUUGAAAACCUAGCACCCAUUAAAUACCACAAAUGAUGAAGGCCUUACCUCGAUAUAACGACCUUUCUAAACGAUGCUUGAAUUUUUCAUUGAUUAAUAUUCAGUUUCAAGUCAUAAUUCUUCUCCGUUGCUCCAAGUAUGGAAAGUCUCUAUAUUUUGUCAGGCCUGAUUUUUAUUAUGAUUACAAGAUAAAGUUAGCUUAACGAAAGCAUUCGUUAGCAUAUAAUCUAAGUCUGUUAAUAGCCUGAACAUUUCUUGUAAAUACCCACCAGUAAAGGAGCAUGACCAUGCAUACAUAUACGUAUAGAUAUGCGAGCUGCAGUUUAUAGCAGUGUCGAUGUGACCCGUUAUUUCAGAGUCCUCUAGAGCGGAGUAAAUGAAACCAUCCGUCAAGAAGGAACGCACAGUUAGGAGAGCUGGAUAGUGAAACAAAAAACUUGUGUUGCUAAAUACAAUAACCAAACGAGGCCAGGGCAUUGAGAUGAUGCAAAAUCAACUGGCCCGCCAUUUUGGACAUAGGAGAGAGUUGGACCGAGGUCACGUUCUUCUUCCGUUUCGCGGGUAUGUUUUAUCAGGCGUAAGAAAUUCAAGGGUAAUUUCACGAUGGCACUUUGUUCCUUUGGAGGGGUAAGUGAUCAGUGCGGUGCCACCGCAUGGGCUCCGCACGAAACAGGAAUGGUUCCUUUAUUAUCCUGCGAGAAUGAUAUGACUGAAUGGUUGAAAAAAGUACAAGGGGUCAGGUGCGUCCGGGACAAGGAAGACCUGGUCAUACCAAACGUACAGGUGAUUCAAAAUAUCUGUUAGGGAUCAUACACGCGCAUAAAUGGCUUUUAUCGCAAUCCAGUGGACUCUUUUCUAUUGAAGAGAGACCACGAUAUUUUACGAUAUUGUCGUCUCAAAUUGUUUUCUUAUGACUGAUUGAAGAUUUCACGAGGUAAUUUACUUGAUUCUUGCGAAGAGAAACAAACAUUCAACAAAUUGUUCACAGGAAGGGCAAAGGGGUUGACUAAAAUUCUAACUUUGAAAGGUAAGAGCGCAGUUAUUUUAUUGCAGCAAUUUCUAUAACCAAAAACAACGAUAAGAAUAACUUGAAGUUGAAGGCUGUUUUUCGUCUGCUCGCUCUGUUUGUUUACAUUCAGCUUUACCUGUGCAGACGCUUAUCACGCAGUCACAAUUGGAGCGUGAAAGUUUCGUCUAAGAUAAGUGAACUUGAAAAAUCUUGGCAAACAUGCUGCAUCGAAGCUUUUCGAUGAAAUUGACAUUUUGAGUGGGAAAAUGUCUUGUUUCACGGAUAACUUUCUUGGUAACAAAAAUUAUUCGGAUACAUUUUUAAUUACUUAUAAUUAGUUAUUUUAGUAUGUAAAUAGAGGCGGUAUAAUUUUAGAUUCUUCGACUUAAAACCCGCCUUACUUAAAAAUCAAUGAGUCAGUUAAGGUUGCGCGACUCGUCGACUUGGUCCAUUCAUCGCACUCUCACGUCCAAGAUGAUACAAUAACAAUCACAUCGCGAGGCGUUUCAUGACUUUGUAUGGGGGUGCUUCAUAUCAACAUCAACACGAAAAAAGUUUAUCAUCCCGCUCUCCUAACUGUGGAUCCCUUCUGUGGUUUCACUUACUGAGCGCUAAAGUAUUUGGGAAAUCUGAUAGAUCGUGGGUCACCUAGAUGCUGAUCAUUGUGGCUCGUAUAUAUGUACACUGUAUCUACGUUUGGUCACGAUUCAUUACUGUUGCAAGAGCUAUUUAGGCUAUAAAAAACGUCAGACAAAGAUUAUCGGUUAACGAUCGUUUUGUAAGCUUACUUUAUCUAUUAAAAUAUGGCUUGGAAAAUUAUGGGGACUUUCCAUGCUUGCGGCAAUACAUGGAAAUAUGACCUGAAAAAUAUAAGUCAGAGAAAAACUCAAGUAUUUUUAUACGAAAGUAAGAACAUUGUCAUUUGUGCCCUAUGACUGGUACAGUCAACACUCUCGUAAGCGACCACCCUUGAUGCAGGACAAAGUGGUCGCUUAUGCUGAGAGGUGGUCAUCUACGGGAAAAAAAUAAGAAAUUAAGCUCAAACCGAAGUGAUUUGAACGUGAUUACAUAAAAUUAUUACCUAACAAGCAAAAACUCAGGCAAACAGACAACUGCCAACAAUGUCUCAAACCGAAUGGCGCUUAGAACUGUUGAAAAUUUGUACAUAACAUCUUUCAUCAAUGAUUCAAUCCAAUUUUACCUAUGGAUCGUAUUACAGCCUUUUUUGCUAGUCAACUGUUAUAAUCUGCGAGCACACUUGGUCAGCGCUUUUUGAAACUGAACUUUUGUGAUAUUUGAGCAAUGGUUUUCUUACAGUCGUACGUGAUCAUGCCGGGUGAUCGCUUACGAAAAGCCAGUUCGCUGUGACAAAGUUGGCUGUACUAGGUUUUCAAAGAAAAAAGUCACCCUUUUUUUGCCCAAUGAAAGGCCUUUUAAGAGCAAUUGUACGGUAAGAGUCGGGGUAAUUCUGAACAAUCAAACUGGUUUGGCUUUAACAAUUCAUUUUCACUUACCAAAUACAGAAUCAGGGCUUCAUGUCAACAGUUUGGUUUGUUUAUGGCAUUAACUAUGCUCAAAGUUCCAUUUUGCAGGGCCUUAGAGGGGCAUGGAGUGUUUGUGACAAAAAUUCAACAAACCGUGAUAAGCCAAAUUUUUCUCAAGUGAUUUUGAUAAUUGGGUCAAUAAAGUAAAUAAUGGUAUAGGUACGGAUGUUAUGCAAGAAGGCAGGUAGAUACACUGAUUUUUUGAAAAAUGGCAAUUUUGGGUUGUAAUUUUGACAUUAAUUUUGGCCAAACUCUAGCCCCAGGCUCCUCUCUGUCCAAUACCUUGAAGGCAAAGUUACAUGCAUGAAAUGAAAGCUCUAUUAUAGAAAUAUUCAUAGUCAAAUUCAUUUGGCAGCACAAUUUACCAGUUGGGUUUUAUGGCACUUUCAAAAUGACUCCUGAAAGGCUGGAUUUUUUGUACUCAAGGGGCAAAAAAUGAGACCCCCCCUGAAACUCUAGAACUUAAAGUCAGAGAAGUGAGCCAGAUUGGCUUUUGAAAUAUCUCAUGGCAACCAACUUCUGUGCCAAGUUUCAGCCAAAUCGGUUGACCACAAGUUUUGGCCCCUGGAACACUUUCUCAGACAAUGACACUUAAGUUAAAUUGAGCAUUGCUUUACGGAUUCAAUGUCCAUCAUACGACGAAAAACAAUAAACUAGCAACUUCUUAAGCUUCCAUAUAAAAUCAGGAGCGUAGCCAGGAUUUUUCAAAAGGGGGGUUACACUUUGUCAAAUAGAGUGUGCUCACCAGAUUUUCAUGUUGACCUCCACGCCUUGUUUUAUUUAACGUGGCAUAAAAGGGCUUACAAAGAUAGUGGACACGGGCACCCUAGGGCCCUCCCUGGUUACGCCUUUGAAAAAGCUAUUGUAGGACUUUUAGUCAAUCCAAGGUGAGGUAUCAUUCAAAAUCAUUUCAGGUGUGAAUGGCGUGUCUAACAGCUCUGGUCUUAAAGGUGGAGAGGGUGGAAUUCUUAUCAAUGGCUCUGGACCUUCAGGGAACAAGGGAGGAGGUAGCACUUCAGCAUUAGGAGGGAUUGGCUACGGAGCAGGAGGUGGAGGUGGAGGUGCACUGUACUUACACAGUGGAUCUCUAAUUUAUCCUGGAGGAAUGGGCGCUAAGGGUGUUGUCUACGUGGAAAUGCUACAUUCCGGUAUCAGUUAUAGUAUAUGUUCUCAAUUUGUUUUUCACAAUUGAAACUGUUUUACUUGAGACACCAAACCUUUGCUAUUGUAAGCAAAUAAUAGCAUACAAUGAAAAUUUCUUGUUAGACGAAUAUAACCAUCGUCCCAAUGGAGGAUUUCCAGACUUCUUGUCCUUUAAAUAAACAGUGACUUUUACCAUUUUUUCGAAAUCUUUUUUACUUCUUUCAUUUGUUCUAUUUGUUUCCAUUAGUUUAUUUUUGCAUAAAAAGUAUUAAAAUCCCGUUUCUCUCUACAGUCUGUUCAAGCCCAGCUCAUAUAGUCUUUGCAGUGGAAUCGCGUCAUUCUCAGAGCGAGUUUGAUGAACAGUUAACCUUCAUACAGCACAUUAUCAAGUCCUUUCAGAUAUCUCCUGAUAACGUCCGCGUUGCUUUGAUAACGUACGGGAAUGAAGUCUAUCUUCAAUUUGGAUUUCAUGACUUCAAGGACUCUAGCAACCUUUUGAAGGGGGUUGCCAGCAUCAUGAAUGAUUUUAAGGAGAGUUCAGAGGUGCAGUUCGCUAAACUGUACGAAACAGCGCUGAUAACCUUUGACGCCGAAGGAAGAACAAGUACACCAUUGUCUAGGGCGUUAAUUGUGUUUACUUUUGCUAAAAACGCCACUCAAAACGAUUCGAUGCACAACUUGGUGAGCAGCGCUGGGAAUAAAGGCAUUUUGAUGUCAGUAGUUGCAAUGAGAAACACGAGCAAAGAAGAAGACUUUCCGAGUCUGGUAGAGGACAAGCAAAACGUGUUUACUGGAGGAACGACUAAUAUCACAAACGACGUUCCUUGGAUUGUCGAUCUCAUUUGUCAAGGUAAAACAGUUUAUCGCCAAGAUCAGCGAUGCACCACUUGUAUAUAUAUAUAUAAGUCAAUGCUAAUCAUACUAAGAAAUAAUGCAAAACGAUAUUUCUCCUCUCUUAAUCAUUUGAUAGGACCAACAGCAAGAAAAUCUGACAUAAGCUCAACAAAUGUCAGUCUCGUUCCAUCAACGUUAGAAGUUGUAACAAGUUCCAGUUCAUCGAACGUUACAAGCCUGUACUGGCACACUCCGUCACUUUUUGGUACGAAAACGAAUACUUUUUUUCCCAACCCUCUAAAGGAAGGCUAAUGCAAAAGCUUCUGAAACUCACUAAGUUCCUCAAUUCGGUUAUAACGGUUCUUGCCAUGUUAUUUGAAAUUGUAUGAGCCUGAGCCUGUCUUGUUGCUAUGUAUUGAAGGACUAGCAUUUUGUAACAUUAGUGUAUCAUCCAAUAUUUCUCCUGUUUGAUUAUUUGUUACGUUAGCGUCUCGUGCACUGUAAGUUUUUUCUGUGUUCUGUUUUGAUUGUUUGUUACGUUACAGUCUCGCGCGCUGUUUUCUCUGUGUUGUGUUUGAUUGUUUGUUACGUAAAUACCUCUUGCAUGGUGUUCUCUGUAUUCAGUUAGAUUGCUUGUUACGUUAGUCUCUUGCGCACUGUUUGCUCUGUGUUCUGUUUUAUUGUGUGUUUUGUUAGUAUCUUGCACAUUGUUUUCUCUGUGUACUGUUUGAUUGUUUGUUACGUUAGUACCUCGAGCAAUGUUCGCUCUGUGUUCUCUUCUAUUGCUUGGUAGUAUCUCGCACAUUUUUUUACCCUUAGUUCGGUUUGAAAUUUUUGUUACGUUAGUAAAUCGCUCCCUUCUCACUUCUCUGUGUUCUCUUAGUAUCUCGCACUCUGUUUUUUCUUUGUUCGUUUGAUUGUUUGUUACGUUAGCAUCUCGCGCGUUGUUUUCUCUGUAUAUUGUUCGAUUGAUUGUUACGUUAGGUAAUUCUUGCAUACAGUUAGCUCUGUGUUCUGUUUGAUUGUUUGCUAAGUUAGGGUCUCGUGCACUGUUGUUUUAGUGUUUUGUUUAAUUUUUGUUUUCUAUGCGUAAUAGCUGAUUUGGGCUUCACCUAGAUCAACAUUCGCGGGAAAAAUAUCUUGAACUCAUAAUUUAUCUGCUUUUUAUCAUCGCCAGCUUGUGAAGUAAUACGCCGAGAUAAUUCAAUUGUUAGGGACUAUUACAUUAAACUAAUAGGGAGCACUUUCUCAAGCGAACUGAAAUUUAAAAAGGCUUAACUGUUGCCUUUCGUUCUGUUCCAGCCGAUAAUAUCUCCACAGAAACUGUUUACAGACACAAUUUUACAGUAGCGACCAUUACCGUGAGUGCAACUGUCCCUGUUAAGGCGACUACCCACAGUCAGAAUGGCAAUCAACGGACGGUGGAGAAACUUGAGGAAGGUAUUCCAAAUUGUGCGCAUGCAUUGACAUACCAAAUGUCUAAAUUUUAUAAACCUCUAGUAUAAAUUCCCUUUUUCUUUAAGAGCUAAUGGUAGAGAAUUCGUCUUUACAGAUCUUGAUGAUGUUUUAAAUUUUAAUGUUUUGUCGAUCGACCCGGGUGAUAUCGUCAAACUUAAGGUAAGUUUGUAUCAGUAUUCGAAAUAAUCACGAUUCCUUUGCUACCACACUUGCUGUGUCAUCAUGAGGACGUAAAUAAAAUGAAGUCAGCAAAGAUACGCCUAAGACUAGGCUUGAAUUUUCAAUUUUUUUGGUGGAACCUCGUCUCCUUUGAAAGAAACCUUAUAUGUCAACACAUGUUUUAGAAAACUCAGUUUUUUUUUAUAAUCAGGCAUAUGCUGUUUCCUAACAUAAGACAUGCCAUUUUUCAUGGCCUAGAGAACUUGUACUAUACGAAACCUUGUUGGCUCCCAAGCGUCCCGACAAUAGUGCUGUUACUUCAUCGAGGUCCUUGCUCAAUGCUAUACCUAUUGAUCAAAUAUAUGUAAUAUUCACUCGGAUUAUUACAAUGAUAGAUUUCUGAUCGAAUUAUCAGAAAAAAACGUCUCGUGUGAGCUGUUUAACUAUUCCACACAUCAUGCACUGAUUAACUCCAGCUCCUGUGGUUGAUGCCCUCUGAUCUUUUUAGGAGUCUAAGUGAUCGCUUUGAAGCUUAACCCUUUACGCCCUAAUAUCAGUAUGCAUAUUCUCCGUACUGUUCUCCGUACAUUUCCAAAGAGGCUGACAAGGAGAAUUUGUUUAAAAAUCAAGAAAUGCUUUAGUUGGUGAUCAUCUCCUCCAUUCUUAUGUUUGAUUUAGGGGUGGUAUAAUAAGGAGAUAUUAGAUGCUAGUCACUCUUAGAGGCUAAAGGAUUAAGGAGCUCAUUUUAGCCCCAUGUCGGGUAAAUGCGAAUGUUUUCUUACUUGGCUUGCAGAACUAUAUCAACUUAGCUGGCGACGUCCUCGCUGAGAGUCACAGGCUACCAAACGCCUCAGAGGCAAGUCUUACUUUUCGUACCAAUCUACAUUAGUCCUUAGACUAGUAAGACUACAAUCUACAUUGGGUCUUAGUCCUUAAUAGAGUUAAACAGUCUUAGUUAAAGAAGAUGUGCUCCCACGCGUUAGAGCUGGCGAAAAAAAUUAUUUAAAGAGAUAACGUCUAUGUAUCCGUCAGUAAGAGCUCUUCUCUAUUCUUUUACAUUAUCCUGGGUGACAGUUUGUCUUGCUAAAAGGGCAAAGAAUUAUUCAUUCUUGAUUUCUUUCAUGUGAUAUGUAAAGAAUCAAAACUUGCACGAUCACCACAUCAAAAUCAUGUGACCGGUUUUUAUGAAUCCUUUUGCCAAAUGGAUCUUUUGUGAUUGAUGGAAUAUGGCAUUGAUUUUGUAUUCUUUUGAAAUUCGUCAGCGCGGGAUAGAAUUUAAGUUAGUGCAAAAAUUUGAAGACAUCGGCCUCUCAUUGGCAGAAAAACUGGUACCGACAAGAGAUGGGUACAAAACUAUGGCUUUUUCCUCUGGGAAAGUAGGUGAGCAAUUUUCGUCAAUAUGUUUCUUUCCUUGCUCCGGUCACGGUGCGUGACGGACGGUGUUCACAAAUAUAGAAAAUCUGGGUAAAAGAAAAAAACACAGCUAACCCCUACAUCACUUUUUUUUUUAAUAUAUAUAUUUUGUUCUCUAGAAAUGGAAGUGGCGUCUAUCAACCUGACACAACUGGAACAGUUAAGUUUACCAGACAUCCGUAACAGCUCUUACAAAGGAAUUUCCUUGGAACAAAUUGGCAAAGUCGUAAUCCCUCUCGAGGCCUUUGCCUCUAAUACAUCAGGUACAUUAAUGAAGAAUCUUCCUUACAACGUGAUAAAUGCUGCUCCUUUGUCUGCAUGGUGAGAGGGAGAAUAUGUUGCAAAUGAAGAUUUCAACCGAUGACAUACAACGGUACCUGUAUGCAUUCCUUACGAUUUCUGAGAAUUUAAUGGAAGGUUGCGAAUCUUAAUUUUUGUUAAGGAAAAUAUCAUUGUGAUUUUGAAAGAUCAAAUCUUGCUCAAGGUUUUACAAAGCCUUUGCCAAAUUAACUUUGUCAAAAACCCUAACCCAUUUAUUGACCAGUUUGUGGGCUGAUAAAGAGCCCUGUUACGCUCAUUGACUCCAUUUCUGUGGUAACACCCAAGUUGUUUAGAGAAUGAUUUUGAAUUUAAAUUUUCCCCCCAAGUUUCAGUCACACAAAAUCGCAGACCAUGCUGCGAUGUAAAUUUGCUUCAACCACCUCUGAAUUGCCAAACAGCUAUUCGCAUUUAGUUCAUUGAAAUGCACGCUUCUGGAAUCGACUUAACGUCUUUUUAUACAGAGCUUGGACAGGCAGUGUGGAUAAUGUUCGAUCCAUUGACGGCUAUGAACAACUCUGCGUAAGUGGUUGACCGGCAUUUGGUAUGAUUUUUAGAUAAACUUUUCUUUCGCAGGCUGGAUUUUAGUUUUAAUGCAUUUUUUUUUUGGUCACUUUGAGAGCAAGAAGGAAUUUUUAGUGAAUGUUCCUUUGACAUUGAAAUUUUAAGAGAAAACUCCACCCAUUUAUUUCCAUACCAGAUCGAUUUCAUCGAGGAUUUUCAUGGAAAAUAAAGGAAAGCUAAAGACACUUUUUCUUUCCCACAGCGAAAGUACAGUGAGUACUCGUAUCAUGAAUGUCAUUGCACAACCGCAUCGCACGCAAGAGUUUGAGAAACCAGUGGAAAUGACGUUUUGGCCUGCUCAGGUAAAAAUUCUUAUCUGCAUAUAGGGGAUAUGUCACUUUUUGGUUCUUUAUCAAGGUUUUAAUUCCUCGCUGUUCUUUUCAUUUCGUAUCUCGACGUCUAGGCCAGUCAGAGUAAUGAACAUUGUGUAUUUUGGAAUCAGAGCGAGGAGUAAGUCUGAUUUACUUUUAGAGGAUAUGAGGGUCUUCCCACUUAUUAACUGACUGAUUGACCCAUUGUUUAACAAAUUACUGACUGACUUUGCCCGACUGACGUGCUGACUCAUUAAGCAACUCACGGUUAACUCACAGACAUGUAGAGAAAAUGCACCAUCUAGUAAUGUGGAUGCAUUUUUGGGUUUAUACACGUGACUCCCUGACUGGCCAGCUUGCUGACUGAACCACUCGCUCGCUCGCAGACUCACAGAAAAGUUAUAUAAAUGCAACCACAGACAGUACUGAUUCGUUUCCCCUCAAAGUUUACUAAAAUUGAAUUAUAUUCACUCAAUUCUAAUCUAGAAAUUACCACGGCAUCUGGUCGACAGCAGGUUGCCAAGUUGCUUAUAGAAACUAUUCUACAAUCACGUGCCAUUGUUAUCACUUAACUAGUUUUGCUGUCCUUACAAGGGUCACCCCACAUCAGGUAAACUAAUUAAACACAACCUUUUCUACAGCGCUAUCGUUCCUCUCCUUAAAUACUUAGGAAAAGGCAUGGAUCCAAAGAAAAAGAACUUGAAAGGCUGCGUAUUAUAAUCACCGUGUUUCAAUAAUGCCAGAGCGUCAGUAUCGCAGUUUCCUUAGCAUAAAAUAGCCCAGGAUACUAUCAUUUCCGACGCUUAAGAAUAUUAGUCCGUUACAGCUUCCCUUCAGCAAUUUAUCAAGUUGCUCUGACAUUUUGCUGGAACCGAUUUGUACUCUUGGGUAGAGAGGGGCUUCAUCCCUCUAACAAAUAAUCGUUUCCCAUGUUGUUGUUAUAUAUAUUUUGUAUUUUUUCCAAAGCCCAGCGAAAAACACGAACUAUCGCUGUCGAUCAUUACUUAUGUGGGAUGUGGUCUGUCAGUACUUGGAUGUCUUCUAACAAUCCUGACCUAUGCAUUCUUACCGUAAGUAUGCAGUCCGGCCGUACGAAAAUAUUGCAGUGGCAUAAAAAUCACGGUGCAACUUUCAUCACCCUCAAUUCGGUCUGCCUAAAAGUCUGACUCUAUCACUCCUUUGAAAUAGAGAAAUAGCCAUUAAAUUUAUUGGGUAAAUUCUAGGAUCAACGUUUCCAUCUCUUUCUCUUUUGGCUAAUCGUUAUCCUGUUUACAUAUUUUACAGGAGUCUUCGAUCGCAGAGAAUUCUUAUUCAUAUGAACUUGGUGAUUGCUAUUCUUUUGGCCCAAGUGUUGUUUUUGAUGGCAGUGUUUGCGGUGAGCCCGCAAACAUCAAGGGUAGGUUACUGCCGACAGUGUAAAAAAUCCCUGAAAGUAAUGUAAAGUAAGGAAAGCAAAUAAGAGCAUUUUUCUUGCAGUGAUUUCAUUAACUUGAUAUGGACACUCCACUAAACAAUGAUUAAAUUUUUAAGUUGAUAAGCGACAGAACUCGCACCUCGAAUUUUGGUUGAAAUUAAACCAGUCAUGGUUAUCCUUUACAAAUCCUAAAGGAAGCAUUCUGAUAUCAUGCUGUACUUAAUUUUUUCUUCAAAUGCUAAUCUCAUGAAGUAGAAUUUUUACUUAGCCAUGUGUAUAUUGCAGGUAGCCUGUUACGGGAUUGCAGUAGGCCUCUUUUUCUUCUUAUUAUGUGUAUUCUCGUGGAUGUUAGCCGAAGGCCUCCAUAUCUAUUUCAUGGUAGUCAGAGUCUUUGAUUCUGGGAGAACAAGGAAGCUUUUUUACUUGCUUAUAGGAUGGGGUAAGAAACUUUUAUUCGUUUACUUAUAUUUCUUCUCGUUUUUCUUUAUUUCUUUUUCGUUGGACGGAAUGCUGACUGUGAUAUUUAGAGUGUAUUACUCGUGUGACAAAGGCAUUUGUAUUAGCACAUUUUAAUACAAUUUUCGGUCCACAAGUCGAUGAACCUAAAUGGAGCAAAGAUGCCUGGCAAAGUAGGGAGUUUAAAUACGUCAGUAAAAACCGUGAAAUAAGCUCUCUGAGUUUAACCCGGCGCUUCGAUGGCAAAACGGCACCAAGUUAUGAAUGAUGGUUUUUAGCUAAUCACAGGAGCCUAUGGUUCCUGCUAAUCAUUAAUACUUUCAAUUAUUUUUCGAAAGGUUUUCCAUUUAUUGUUACUGUGGUUGUGGUUUCAUUUUUUCAAAGGGGACUUCUCUCCAGAGAUCUGUAAGUACAUUGUAAAGUACUUGUUGAUCAACAGAAACUACGCAAAUCUGCGCGGUAGGGGUUGCAGGGGAUAACGCGUUUAAUCCAAGUUUUAAUGCAUAAAUUAAUUGUCUAAAAAAUCAAAGCAGCGGAGUGAGAGAUUUAGCGAGUGACUGAAAUUUCCUUCCAUACCAAAACCUCAUAGUAUAACUGACGUCAGAACAUGACAUGAGGUAGAAAGGAAAAGUUAAUGUAAAUCGGCAAAAACGCCACGGCAUAAUCUUUAUCGAUAGUUAAAAGUGAUUAAUAUCUAUUUUUGGGCGAACUGUUUAUUAGGUUACUGAUUUUGAAAAUUCUUUCAUGUCCUGUUCGCAGAUGCUGGCUUUCAAUUGAGACUGGAGCCAUUUGGAGUUUUGUUGGUCCACUCAUCUUUGUCAUGCUGGUAUUUUACAACGUGAUCACCACUAUUUUUCUAACAUUAACGUUCAAUAACAUUCACUUUUAUAUUUACGGUUAAAUUGGUUACAUUCUGAGUGUUUCAUCUACCACUUUCAACCAUAUCUUUUAUUUCUCGUCAAUCUGCAGUUUAAUCUGGUCAUUGUAACCAUGGUGAUGAGUGUUACAUCUAAAAUGUUAAAUGAAGAGAGGCCAUCAAAUGUUAGGUAAACGAUAUAAUCUAACAUAGGUUUUUUCUUGUCUGUCUCUCUAUCGGUGGCAGUCUAGAUCUGCCUGCCUACUUGGCAGUCUAUGUGUCUGUGUGUCUGUCUGUCUGAGUGUCUGUCAGUCUGCCUGUGUCAGCCUGUAUCUGUCUGCAUUUGCCAAUAUAUAACCCAUAUCUUGUGUCUGUCUGUCUGUUUGUCUGUCCAUCUGUCCGUCUACCUGCCUGUCUGUCUGUCUUUCUCUCUACUGUCUUUCUGUCGGUCGGUCGGUCGGUCUGUCUGCCUGCCUGCCUGUCUGCCCGCCCGUCUGUCUGUGUGCCUGUCUGUAUGCCUGUCUAUCUUUCUGUCUGUUUGUCUAUCUGUCUUUCUAAAUGACUUUUAGCAUAUAUGUCUAUCCAUUUGUAUCGCUAUGGUCUGUCUCUGUCACCAUCUUCCAAUUUAUUCUUUUCUUUUGACUGUGUUACUUACCGAAGUGGACUUGCCUUUUACUCACGCCCAUGAUUGUUCAGUGAAAUUAUUAAUUACCGGUCUUUGCACAUGCAGUCGUUUGUUUAAUAAACUUUUCCUUAUUUGUACCUCAAAGGUCUUUGACAAAAGCCUUCGUCACCCUUCUUCCUAUUCUGGGUCUGACAUGGGUGUUUGGUCUUCUUGCUGUCAACAAUAACUCCAUAGUAUUUGAAUACCUUUUUGCAAUAUUCAAUUCCUCGCAGGUAAGAUGUUUUUAAGAGUAAACCAUGUUAACUGUUGCACUCGGUUAAAAUGAUAUACAUCGCAGAAAAAAGGCCUGCUAUAGAAUAACAGGACAAUGCAGCACAGUGUCUAAGAAACUCACGGCUAUUCCAGCCUUCGUCGGUUACCUCCCUGGCCUAUAUUCCCUUUCUCGAUCACAUUAUUUUCAUCCGGUCCACCAUCCAAUUAAUUCAUUCAUCUUAUCAUCUUUCCAUCUACGCAUGAUUUUUAGCGAAAUACUUCACACGUUAGUUACCGACACGGAAGCUUCGUCGUGUUUUCUGUGGUUCACGGCCUUUGUCUCAUUGCAAUUUUUAUCAAAGGAACCGUGGUUAUAUAGAGUAUUUUAUGCAUUUACCUAUCCGUCCAUCCGUUUUCCAAUGUAAAUAAUUCAUUUAUCUAGAAAACAAAUCUUUCCCACCAGGGCUUCCUCAUUUUUCUCUUCUACUGCUUGAAAAAUUCAGAGGUGAGUAGCAUUAAAUGUUUCGACUACAAAAGUAUUUGUGUCUCCAACUGACACCGACAACAGAGUUGAAAAACUAAGUAAACAGUGCAUCUUUUGUUUCUUUUGACGUAAUCUUGUGUCCAAAUUGAACUUAGGUUCGUAAAGAAUUUAAAAGGAAACUGCACAAUCUACGUGCGCAGAGGCAUCCCUCUUCUCAAAAUCCGUCGAACGCUCCAAGAUCUACGCCGGCAGAAAUUGAAGUGCCAGGACCUUGCCCUCAGCAGGAGAACAUAACACGAGAUAAGGGCUUUGAAACAAGACUAUGACCAUAUUUAUUUUGUCUUACUUACUUUCUAAAACAACUGAAGUAUUUACACGUUUCUUCACGACUUUUUAGCCCAAGCCAUUAGCCCAGUCUUUAAAAUGGAAGAUGUGAAAUAUGUUUCGUUGCUACUGCUGAUUUAUACGUGGAAGAACAUAAUUUUGACGAACUUGCCCUUGCUUGGCUGAACUUGAACAAACUACAGACAGAGACUACUUAAGUAUUUAUAGGUUAUCCUCGUCUAAACUCGAGAAAAGUCCCUCGUGGAUUUCUUUGAUAAGAUCAACAUACCGGUAAGACAGGCCACCUUUUGUAAAACGAGAUAGGAACUACACUGAUGAAAUUUGACGGAACGCCGCAAGAUCAAAUGAUUCCCAUAUGAGUCAAAGCAACUAUUAUUGUUAAAGCACCAGAUUUUAAAGGGGAAUUUUCGAACGUGGAGCAAGAAGGCAGCUAGAGUAAGGAUAGUUCUACAAAACAUAGCAUGG